UUCAAGCAGACGAAAAAUUCCUCAGUUUACAGAAGAGUGAUAAACAUUGCAACAAAAUUAAAACAGAUAUUCAUGUUUCUUAGUUUCAUUCACACAAGACAUGUUCACUGACGAAGAUUUGGAACCCGUUGAGUUUCAGUCAUGCUGGAAAAAAGAAAGAUAUACAGAUGAAGUUGGUGUACAGACCAAAGAUUUAGAUGUCGAAGAUGCUGGAGUUCAGUCAAAAAAUUAUGAAGAUGAAGGGACACAGACUGAUAAUAGUAGAGGUAAUUAUUUUCAACUUGCUGAAACCGAUGAAGGUAGAUUAGAGAAGUUUUUAAAGAAAGUUGAACCAAGACUCUGUAAGAUAUUGGAGAGAAAUCUGAAAAGUGUGGCUUUUGAUGAUUAUGUAAUAAGGACAUACGAAGAUGAUUUAGCAGUGACUUGUACCCAUACAUUAUGUCAUGAUGAAUUAAAAGAUGAGCUUCAAAUUACUGGAGUGUCAUGGAAUUCUACAGGUUCUGUAUUGGCAGCUACAUAUGGUAGAUUUGAUCAUGAAGAUUGGUGUACUCAUAAAGCUGCACUAUGUACAUGGAGCUUAGAUAGAAGAGAUAUCAACCCUAAUAAACCAAAUGUUGUGAUCGAUUCACCAAGCUGUAUUAUGUGUCUUGAAUUUCAUCCUACAAAUCCUGCUUGGGUAGUCGGUGGAAACUUUAGUGGUGAGGUUUUGGUUUGGGAUUUAAAUAAAGAAGAUGAUUUAUUGAUAUCGACAUCAGGUAUUGGAGAUGAUGCACAUCGUGAACCUGUGGCUAAAGUUCAAUGGAUUUUAGAUCCUAAUUCUAAAGGAAGAAGUUAUAAUAUAAUAAGUGUUGGGGGAGAUGGUAAAGUAUUGAUAUGGACUAUGAGUAAAAAGAAACCAAAAUUAAAACUUGUUGAAGGGUUUGUACUGAUGACACAGAGUUUACCAAGAAAUAUGAAAGUACGUGGGGUAAGAGGUGAUAAAGAGAUAGGAGCAACAUGUAUAUCGUUCAACUCCGAAGAUAAAGAUACAUUUAUAGUAGGAUCAGAGAGUGGUUGUAUCUUUAAAUGUAAUCUUCAUGCACAGGGAAAUCCUGCUGGUAGUCAUAUUGUAUCAUCGGUUCCACUUCGAUCACCAGUAACCUUCACCUUUAACCCUCAUCAUGGACCUGUCCAUUCUGUAGAUUAUUCUCCAUUUCAUCGUAAUGCCUUCCUGACAUCUGGUAUGGAUCAGUGUAUUCGGAUAUACAAUGUCUUACAGGAUCAGCCAACAAUAACUGUUGAACCUGGGGAAGGAUAUUUAUAUUCUGCUAAAUGGUCUCCUGUUCGUCCUACAUUACUAGCUGCUGCUACAGAGAAAGGGAAUUUAUUACUGUAUGAUCUCAAGUCUGAUCAGUUGGUACCAAUACAUAAAAUAGAAGCUAGUGUAGAUAAUAAACCAGUCUAUACAUUACAGUUUAAUUUAACCAGGAGAAAUCUAUUAGCAACAGGAGAUGGUUCUGGUUAUAUUCGUGUAUUUAAAUUAGGUGAUGAUUUAUCGAGUCUAGCACCUCGUGAUGUUGAACAUCUUUCUCAUGUUAUAAAUACUACAGAUUAAAAUCCACUCAAGGCUUAAUUUCUCUGAUGGAAUUUUAAAAAUAACCAAAAACAUUCAAAUAGAUCUUAAAUUAAAUCCACUGAUCAUCAUUUGCAUUUUCAGACAAUAUGUAAUGUUUCAUGACUCAAAUAAUCCACGCUAAAAUGUAUUCAAAUGGAUUAAUUAGUAAGGAAACAAAAUUAAAAUAUCAAUUGUAAAUAAUCUCUCAGCUUCGCUUCAAUAGGAGUAAAAAGAGGCCUAUUGGAAGAGAUUGGCAAAGAUUAUAGGUGGCGCUGGCUUGUUUUGACCAUGUCCCCUUCAUAUUGUCUGCAGAGGAUGCUGAAUCUUGACAAUAUUUAAAGGACAAUAUUGGUGUCAGUCAUUAUUACAUAUGUGAUAGAACUGGUUAAAUACAUUCCAAAUAAAAUAUAAUUUUAACACAGAGAUCAUUGCUACGGGAGAUAUAACAACUUUUCAUCUUCAACGGAAUUAUCAGCGAAAUGAAAUUCGAUCGUUUGUCUGUUACUGCUCGUUACUUCAGUCAGUUAUAUAGAAGGACAACUCAUGUUUGACGUCACUUCCCGUUUCUUCACGUGCUUGUUAGACAUCUCCUGUAGCAAUGAUCUCUGUGUUAAAAUUAUAUUUGGGAUGUAUUUAACAAGCUCUAUCACAUAUUUUAUAAUGACUUACACCAAUAUUGUCCUUUAAAUUCCAUAUAUCUUUGUAAAUACUGAACGAACUUGAGUCUUUUUUUGAACUGCAUUUUCACAAUAUUGUAGAUUGCAAGGGAUAAAAAAAUUCCUCAAAUGACAAUCAGAGACUUUAAAAUAACAAUUUUCAGAAUAGCAGCUCACUAUAUGGUAACCAUUGAAAAUAGGAUCUGAUUUGCAAUUACAAAAAGUUUUAAGACACGAAUAUUCUAAAUUUUCUCAUAUCGAAUGUAAUUGCAAGACACUAAAAUUCAUUAUUAAAAAAGAGCUGAGACAUUACUCCCCAUAAGUAGAAACGUCGACAAAUCUUCAAAGAAAGGAAACCUAUUUAGUUGUACCAUUGUAUGUAAUUUGUGCUGUAAUCAUACAAAUUUACUGUGAUAUUUAUUUUACAAGGUAGAUGAGAAUCUCUUCAUGUUGAAUAAUUAUUAUUUAUUUUUUUACUGAAUAUAACUGACGACAAAUGAUAUACAUUUAUUGUUGUAAUGUGAGUAGCAAUACUGUACUUUACACAAAUUGUUUAUCAUAAAUCGUAGUAUGAUGUAAAUGAUAGACAUUUAUGGUGUAAUGUCAACAGACAUUUAUGGUUUGACUUUAGCCAAAAUGCUGCAUUUUACACAAAUUGUAUAUCUGUCCUUAAAUAAUCUAUUAUACAAUGUAAAUAAUAUUAAGCUUAUCAUUAUUUGUUUUACAUCAACUGUCUAUAUUAUAUUGAAGUAACAAAUUAGAUGUAUCUUAAAAAUUUAAUAGAAACAACAUUGUUUAAAAUGAUAACAGGUACUUUAUUAUUAAUUUAAAUACAGAUAUCUUUUCUCCGUCCUUAUUAAUUACUGGUAAUGUACAUUUAUAUUCCAUAUGAAAUAAAAUUAUUUAUUCAUUGUA